AUGUUUAAGUUUAUAAGUGCGAUAUGCUUCACAGCCGUCGCAACGGCCGGUCCGGCGACAGAAUCUUACAAGGACCAAUUUUGCACGGAUCCACGGACGAUGACGAAACACGCCGCGUACACGGAGUGGGCAGACGCCUACUCGUGUUCGCGUCACCGUUGUCAGCCGGGGGGGCGCAACCUAGCCAUUUACACUGUGGGCUGUAAGCGCGUGGAAGCUCCCGAGUCCGCCAUAGAAUGCGAGGAGGUCGUGGAGGAUACCAACAUGCAGUUCCCGUACUGCUGCACGAGGCUCAGAUGUCUGGUGGUGGUUCGGGGAGAGGUCUGGACGAGGGUGCUGGGCCAGCCCUGGGAGACGCUGCCGGCCGCGCCCUGGAGCCAUAUGUACAAGAUGAAGAAACCGCCGCCAUCUGAUGAACAUUUUGGAAAUAAAAACAUCGCAACGGGCCCCAUAUACGAAAUACAAUCGGACGUGGAACAGAAGUCGCAAGACCAAAUGUUGAGAUCGUCGAAAAAAGUGACUCCGGCGCCCGACUGCGACGAGCCCGCGCCGCGCGCCGCGCCCGCGCCCGCGCCCGCGCCCGACAUCGUGAUCGCACUAUCCACUUCAAACGAUGAAAAGCCACAGAAAAGUGAUAAGACGAGGCACAAACGCGUCAAGAAACCACAAUCAAGGUCUGAAGCCAUCGAAGAGAACAGAGAUCAUAAUGAAGUGGACUUCGAAGACACGCCUGCCAAUGAUAAGUUACAAGACACGUCAGAUGAGAAGACGUUGGAUGGGUUCGGAGUUACACAAAACAUACAACCGAAGGCAAUUUGGACUGACAUUCCUCAAAACCAGUGGAACGAGCACGAUCCGGCAAUGGACGUCGAAAGUCAACGAAAUCCGGACGAAAAGAAAGAAAAGUCAUCCGGUCUCCAGGCACUGGUGGACGCGAUCGGGAACCGGAUGAGAGAUAUUGAAAAUGUCGUCCAGAGGAUGACCGAGAAAGUCCACAAUAAGCUACCCGAAAAUGAUCUGUCCAGUGCGGAGAAACGUUCUGAGGGGGGAACAGACAAACGGGUCCAUAAAGCUGAUAAAGAAAAUAUCAAGGACGAAUUUGAGAAACCGAAAAAACCCAACACUGAUAAUGAACACUACAAAAGGUUCACAGUAAAGAACCGCGGCAGCAAGUACCUGCGCAGCGCGACCGACGUGACCAGCGAGCAGCCUCUGUUUGUCGAAGACACCAACCUGAACGGGUACUUCAGCGACGCCAGCAACAGCGUAGUAAGACGAGCCAGUGCACCCAAGGAGCCCGCGCCGACGUACGUGGCGCCCGUGGACAGCCGGCGCCGCGCGCACGCGCCCGACGCGUCCGCCGAGGCCGAGCGCCGCCACCGGAAGCGCGCGCACAAGAAGAAGCGCAAGAACAAAACUCACAAGAAGCACCGCGGUAAAGAGGACAAGAAGAAGCGUUUCAACAAGCUGACCUCUGUGGAAUUGGACAAGAACGUUGUAUCCUUAGAAGACAGCAGCGUUCUCUAA